AUGACGGCGCCGCUCGGGCUCCCCCCGCGCUGGCCCGACGCGCUCGGCUGCCGCUGCGAGGACGCGCCGCGGGAGAAGCCGCGCAUGGAGAGCCUGGGGCACUGCCGGGAGAUGCUGCCCCACGCCGCGCUGGGCGCGCCGGGCGGCGGCGGCGGCGGCGGCGGAACGGGCGCGGACGGAGGAGCCGCGUUCGCGGAGCUGGCGGGCGCGGAGCCGGCGCGGCAGUGCCCGUCGGGCUCGCUGGGCUACGGCGCCUACCCGUUCGCGCCGGGCUACUACGGCUGCCGCCUGAACCUGCCGCAGAAGCCCUGCGGGUACCACCCGCCCGACAAAUUCGGCGAGGCCGGCGGCGCGCUGGGCGCCGAGAGCUGCCGCCGGCGCGGGGCCAAGGAGUUCCCGUUCUACCCCGGCUUCCCCGGCUCGUACCAGGCCGUGCCGGGCUACUUGGACGUGUCGGUGGUGCCGGCGCUGGCCGAGCCGCGGCACGAGGCUUUGCUUCCCAUGGAAGGCUACCAGGGCUGGGCGCUGGCCAACGCCGGCUGGGACGGGCAGGUUUACUGCUCCAAGGAGCAGCCGCAGCCCGCGCACCUCUGGAAGGCGCCGUUCCCAGACGUGGUGCCGCUGCAGCCGGAGCCCAGCCCGUUCCGGCGCGGCCGCAAGAAGCGCGUGCCGUACACGAAGCCGCAGCUGAAGGAGCUGGAGCGCGAGUUCGCCGCCAGCCGCUUCAUCACCAAGGAGAAGCGGCGGCGCAUCGCGGGCGCCACCAGCCUGAGCGAGCGCCAGGUCACCAUCUGGUUCCAGAACCGCCGCGUCAAGGAGAAGAAGGUGCAGGGCAAGGCGCGGCCCGCGCACCUGCGGGACACCUGA